GCUUCGUUCUCAUGUUAGCUGCGGGGGUCGGAGGUCAGAGCGAGCGUCUCGCGGGCCGUAGGAGGAAGAUGGCGGUGGAGUCGCGCGUUACUCAGGAGGAAAUUAAGAAGGAGCCGGAAAAGCCGAUCGAUCGGGAGAAGACAUGCCCGCUGCUGCUGCGUGUGUUCACCACCAAUAACGGCCGCCACCACCGAAUGGACGAGUUCUCCCGCGGAAACGUGCCGUCCAGCGAGCUGCAGAUCUACACUUGGAUGGAUGCAACCUUGAAAGAACUGACUAGUUUAGUAAAAGAAGUCUACCCAGAAGCUAGAAAGAAGGGCACACACUUCAAUUUUGCAAUUGUUUUUACGGAUCUUAAAAGACCUGGCUAUCGAGUAAAGGAGAUUGGCAGCACCAUGUCUGGGAGAAAGGGGACUGACGAUUCCAUGACCCUGCAGUCGCAGAAGUUCCAAAUAGGAGAUUAUUUGGACAUAGCAAUUACCCCUCCAAAUCGGGCACCACCUCCUUCAGGGCGCAUGAGACCAUAUUAAAUUUUAUUUACUAUUUCUUGAAUUUAUUUUUCAUUCAGUUAUGUAAAAUAAACUUAUGCUUUUUUCUUCCCCUCAUUGUUGCCAUUAAGCCUUUAAACAAAUUGUAAUGCAUCUAUUUAGGAGUUAGAUUUGGCUGUGCUAUGGUAUGAAAAUUAAUAGAAAGUCCAUAUGUUUCAAGUCCUUCUGUAAAAUAUGAAGAAAAGUGCUCUUAGCCUUCUAUGUAAAACUGUAUUGUUAAAUAUAUGUGUGCAAUUCA